UUUACGUUCACUUAUCAUUUAAAUUAAAAACAAAUUCACUCAAAAAUACUUGCAAGAAGAGUUCCUCUAAAUUAAUCGAACUUCAAUUCACAUUAACAAUUAGUUAUAUAUGUAUUUUAUUAAUUGUAAGUCGUGAUGUUAUUAGAUUUAUGUUACAGUGUCUAAAAAACUUAGAAAUGUUACCCGUUCCAAUGUAUAAUAUGGAAGGAUCUUCUAAUUUGAACAGCGGUGUUAAUAACUUUUGCAGUGUUUACGAUGAGAAUAUUAUUUUAAAUAGUGUUAGGAAUAGGAAAAAGGUAUCAGAACACGCAAACUGUCCUGUAUGUAGUUGUACAAUAAGACAUGGUGAAUUAGAAUCACAUCUUGCUUUAGAAGUUGAAAGAUUACAAAAACUUUCCAAUGGUGGAUCUAAACGAAAACUCAGUGCUAAUAGUCCGACUAAUUCGAAUCUAGCAGUUGCUGGUUCAAGUAGUAAUAAUGAAGUUCAUAAUGAAGAUGUUGAUGUAACUGGCUGUUUAGGAAGUGAUGUUUAUCAAAGAGUGCAUUCAAAUCGUUUACGAAGACUAAGAGCUAGACGUCGAUCAACACCACCACCGCAGACCGGAGAAUGUCCUGUCUGUAAUGCAACAUUACCUGUGUCCAGACUGCAGCGACAUGCAUUACGAUGUCUCAAGAGAACCGGUGCGGAGAUGGAUGAUGAUGUACCUGAUACAAGUUCGGAAGAAGGCAGCAUUGAUGUUGAGAAUGAUGAACCAUCAGGGGGCUUUGGUGCGGAGUACCAGUGGUGCGGCGAAUGGCGGGUGAGGGCUGCAGCGCUGCAGGCCGCGGAGGGCAGAGUCGCCACUGCUGUACGAAGAGUCUCCAAUGAUCAGGCAUUGGUCGUAGAUGGUGAUGAAGAUACAGAGUUGUAUGGUCCACCACAAUAUUCACCAUCCAGGAUAGCCCCAGAUGCAGAUAUACCUUUAACAGACGAACAGACAGAAGAUACUCCUAUAGAAAAUGAAGAACCUAUUAAAAGAUAUGAAACAUCAAAACCCAAUGGUAUCGUUGAAGCAAGCGCAGAAACAAGAAUACAAGCUUUAAAAGCUAAAAUAAAAGAAUUGGAAAGCAGACAGAAUACAGCUUCCGAGGCAAAAUGUCUUAUAUGUUUGGGUCCGCACAUCUCUCCGGCAGUUUCCAUACAAUGUUGGCAUGUUCAUUGUGAGGUCUGUUGGUUGCAAUCUUUAAAAGCAAAAAAAAUAUGUCCUCAAUGUAAUGCUAUCACAAGUACACAGCAUUUGAGAAGAAUAUAUAUGUAACUUGAAAACAAAGAGAAUGGUUGAUUUAAACAUCAAAUUACCUCAAAAAGGCAAAAGGAAACAUCAAAUUUCCUCGAAAAGGCAAAAGGAAACAUCAAAUUUCCUCGAAAAGGCAAAAGGAAACAUCAAAUGCCUCGAAAAGGCAGACAUCAAAUCGAUUGCAUGAAGUGGACUUGACAGGGGAGAAGACAUAGGAUAGGGAAAUAAUCCCCUUUCUGUAUGUCCCUUCUUCCUUUUUAGGUACCUACCUCACACUUGCGUAACCAUUGGAUGUCUAUGCGUUGUCAUUUCGCUAUUUUAGCGAAAUUUUAUGUGAUUGCAGCUUGUUGUUUGUAUUAUAAAAGAAACGAUUACAAUAUUUAUCAAAUUACUAAAGGAUGUAUGGAGAAAAUGUAUGGAAGAUGUAUGUUUUUACAGGAAUAGAAAAUAACUGAAGUAACAUGAUAAAUUUAAUCAUUUUUGAUACAAUUUCUUCCCUUUUUUUUCUAAAUAUUAAGGGAAAUGAAGACUAACUCGAUUAAGAAACUAUGCUCAUAUAAAAAUGACAUGAAUAAGUUUGCCUUCUGUGAAGAUAAUACAAUAUAUGAAGACA